AUGGUGCAGCCACUCAACAUGGACGACCUCAACCUGUCCGACUCGGACACGGACGCCCUCUUUGACACGCCCGCCGCGCGCAAGAACAAGCAGAGAGCGCGGGAUGCCGCGGCCGAUGCGGGCGACGGUGCAGCCGCGGGCAAGGGACGCGCAAAGGAGUCGCACUACACUGCAGAAGAGGCGCGCGAAGCUGCACUGCGGCGCGAGCUGGAGAGCGUGCGCAAUGUCAACAGAGUGAUCGAGGGCGUCGUCGAGAGCCUGCAGAAGGCCAAGGACAACAUGGGCACCGUCUCAAAGACUGUGCAAAACGCCUCCACACUCCUCCAGACCUGGACCCGCAUCCUCUCGCAGACCGAGCACAACCAGCGACUCAUCCUCAACCCCCAGUGGCAGGGAGCCACCCAGGACAUGGCCGACAUCGAGGAAGAGGACAGCCACAGGAAGCAGGCUGUCGAGCGUCGCGCAGCAGAAGAGCAGGCGCGAAGGGACGCCGCAGCGAGGAAGGCAGAAGAGGAGCGCAGGAGAGCCGAGGCAGGGCCGCCCAAGCCAGCAGCACGGGGACGCGGCAGAGGCACGCGACCACGCGGGACCUCUACGCCCACGGCAUCGAGCGGCUACGUGGGAGUCGGAGGACAGGCCGGUCGAGGCGUCGGCCGCAGCGACUCAACCAGAGGCCGUGCUGGCAGCGGCAUUGGGCGAGGGCUGCGAGGUCGAGGUCGCGGCCGAGGCACCGAAUGA